UAAAAUACGGCUCGAACCUGAUGUCCUUCAUCAAUUGCUGUGGGAGAGGUAACUUCAAGUCGAACUCCAUUAGAUUGAAGUAUAUUAUGCUCUCCAAGUCGCUGGUGAAUAAAAUUCUUUCGAUUAGUGAGUUUAGAGUUCCUAUCCGAGACAGACGUUAAUUUCUUGUUCAGUAUGGCUACCUUUGGCUUAGAAAACAAGAAAAACAAUCCUUUGGAAGAACUUUACGCCAAAAUCGCUCGAGAUGAUCUCCAGGAAACGGACGAAAAUCGUAAACAAUCGUUGGCGCAAAUGCGCGAGUGGAUCGCCAAACAUCCGUUGAUUAGAAAGUGUCGCACGGAUUCGGUGUUUUUGCUACGGUUUCUAAGGAUGCGCAAGUUCUCCGUCCCACGGGCUCAGGAAACACUCGAGCGUUACCUGGCGAUGAGACAAACCUUUCCGCAGUGGUUCGCCAAGUUAGAUCCAGACCGGAAGGACAUGAAGCAACUACUGGACGAUCACAUGUUUCAGUUUUGGGGGCGUGACUCCAGGGGGCGGACAGUGAUUAUGGCACGGCACAAAAACUUCAACCUGGAUCGGUUCAAUUCAGUCCAAAUGGCUCGCAACAUGUUUCUGUUUUUGGAAACCCUCGCCGACGACGAGGAAACGCAGAUCGGAGGUUAUGUUGUCGUUUUGGACUACGCGGACAUUUCGAUGCAGUUGUUGGCGUUGUGGUCCUUGACCGAGGUGCGCAACGCGAUAGAGUGCGUGAAUAAAUCGCUCCCGAUGAGAAUCAAGGAGGUGCACGUGGCCGGAUUUCCUAAGCUGGCGGUCAUGAUUGGCGAUUUAGCCAUUUCUUGUCUCAGCCAAAAAUUGAAGGAGCGAUUGUUUUGCCACAAAUCGAUGGAGGAUGCCACCAAGCACCUGGAGGUAUCGAUGCUGACCACGGACUAUCCCGGUGGCACCCAGGAUCCGGAAGAGCUGAAGCGAAAGUUUAUCAAACGGGCUCAGGACAAACGUCAGGAGUUGCUGCUGCUGGACGAAAUGGAAAUCGACGCCACCCGGUAUAAGUCGCUGUGGCACCAGACCACCGACGGCAGCAUCGAGUCCGGAGUGGCCGGAAGCUUCAAGAAGCUGAACGUUGACUAGGGACGGAAGUUGGCUAAAAUUGUUUUAGUUUAUUAUUUAUGUGACACUUUUAAAAUUAAGGUAGAAUUAACGUGUUGGUUGCGGUAAAUUAAAGUGUUUGCUUCAUGAUAAAAAAAAUAAACGAAAAAAACGAAGUUGACUUUAUAGCUGUCAGCCACCAUUGCUAGUACCAACCACUAGUGUCUUCCUUUUAUCUACAAGGACUUCGCCGCCCUGGGCUCCUAAGUGUAUGAAAGUAUGGCACGGAGCGACGGCGCCGAAUACCCAUAUUUACACAAAGAAUUUAAGAGCGCCCACCGCGGG